GAGAGAGAGCGCCUCGGAGGAGGGGCGGGAGCGGAAGCUCGUUGUGCCGGCGUCUCCUCUCUUGCCUCUGCUGCAGCGGCCGCGCAGCUGCUGAUACCCGGACCCCGUCGCGGCGCAUCCCUCUACGAGCUCGCCGCUUCGAGAUCGCCAAUCCCCGGAUAGCGUCUCGGCUUUGCCCGAACCGGUCGUCGUCACGGUCCAAUCCACAUGCAGCCGCCGUUUCAGCCGGAAAAUACCGGAACCUGCGCACCGGGGAGGAGAGAAGGGAAGGGUUGGGGAGGGGAGGGGGGGGGGGGAGACUCCAUAGCAACAAACCGGCUCCACGGCAUUAUUGGUUGUGCCGAAUGGGAUGUAAGGCAAAACACGUGACUGGACUGCACCUGCAACCUUGACUGACAUGCUUGCAUGCUGCAAGGUGAUGCUGAAGCUCAUCUGACCUUACGGCGCGUGAAAACCGGCUCAUCGGAUCCAAGUGGAUUCUCAACUUCCCACCAGAAUCUUCCCAUCUCCUGAAAUCAGCACUCCAAAAAAAUCUGGAAUGGCUUCCUAGAAACAUUCCAGAGCAGUCUUCUAAAAAUUUCCACAGAAGCUUCUCAAGAUGAAUCGCAAGUAGCAGGACUGUCCAUCUGGACCCGAUUCUGACAUCAAGACCAUGGAGGUGGAGCACUUUGAUGAUCGCGACAAAGUCCGUCGAGGGCGCUCAGCUCGGGCCAAACGGGACGACUCGGGCCCGAGCUCGCGGGGGAGCAGCCUGGUUCCGAGCCCGGCGCACAGCACCAACUGCAGCUACUACCGCACGCGCACUUUGCAGGCGCUCACCUUGGAGAAGCGCGCCAAGAAGGUCCGCUUCUACCGCAACGGGGACCGCUCCUUUAAGGGACUGGUUUACGCCGUUUCCAGCGUCCGCUUCCGCUCAUAUGACGCCCUGCUGGUGGAGCUGACCCGCUCGCUGGCCGACAACCUCCACCUGCCGCAAGGGGUGCGAACUAUUUACACCAUCGACGGCUCAAAGAAGAUCAGCAGCCUGGAUGAGCUGGUGGAAGGCGAGUGCUACGUUUGCGCCUCCAAUCAGCCUUACCGUAAAGUGGACUACACCAAGAUCUCCGUCCCGAACUGGAAACCCGGCGUUAGUUCCGGGAGCAGCGCGGUGAGCUCUAGCAGGUCUUCCGCCGCGUCUGGCGCAACCGUGACCGGAGUCGGCGGGAGCGUCAAAGAGCGCCAAGAAAGCCGAGAGAGCAAAGACUUCAUCAAGCCCAAGCUGGUGACGGUGAUCCGAAGCGGCGUCAAGCCUCGCAAGGCGGUGCGGAUCCUCCUGAACAAGAAGACAGCUCACUCCUUCGACCAAGUGCUGGCCGACAUCACGGAGGCCAUCAAGUUGGACUCGGGAGCCGUCAAGCGGCUGUACACUCUGGACGGAAAACAGCUGACAUGUUUGCAAGAUUUCUUCGGGGACGACGACGUGUUCAUGGCGUGCGGUCUGGAGAAGUUUCGCUACGCUCAGGACGACUUUGUGCUCACUCACAGUGGCAAGACGGCGGCCUUUGUUAACGAAUGUCGAGUCAAAGUGACUCGUCCUCCUGCCUCUCAGAAGACUUUGACUCCUAAGAGUCCCAGUGGAUUGGGCUCCUCCAAGGCCUCAGUAAAAGCAGUGCCGCAGUCAAAGUCACCAGGAUCAGCCAAUGAGACGUCAGGAUCCCAGGUCCCCGCAAAGUCGUCCAGGUCGAGCCCCUCCCCCACAAGUCCUGGGACUCGCAGCAGUCUCAAGGUUUCUUCUCAUCGCUCCUCUUCCGCGGACAUCAACGGCGCGGAUGAGCACGCCGAUGACGUCGCUCUCGAAGUGAACGGAAACCUGUCGGUGUCGUCAUCGCUCAUCAGCAGCAAGUACAAAAUCGGGAAAGUGAUCGGCGAUGGGAACUUCGCGGUAGUGAAGGAGUGCGCUGAGAGGUCAACUGGGCAGGAGUUUGCACUGAAGAUCAUUGACAAAGCUCGCUGCUGUGGGAAGGAGCACUUGAUUGAGAACGAAGUGGCAGUCUUGCGUCGUGUUCGACACCCCAGCAUCAUCCAACUCAUCGAGGUGGACGAAACGCCGUCUCAGCUCUUCCUGGUCAUGGAGCUGGUCAAGGGAGGUGACCUGUUUGACGCCAUCACCUCGUCCACCAAGUACAGCGAGCACGACGCCAGCGCCAUGGUGUACAAUCUGGCCGGAGCCAUCAAGUACCUGCACAGGAUGAACAUCGUGCACAGAGACAUCAAGCCAGAGAAUCUGCUGGUGUGCGAGUACCCGGAUGGCACCAAGUCCCUCAAACUGGGAGACUUCGGUUUGGCCACGGUGGUGGAAGGGCCGCUUUACACCGUGUGCGGCACGCCGACCUACGUGGCCCCAGAGAUCAUCGCCGAGACCGGUUACGGUCUGAAGGUCGACAUCUGGGCAGCGGGCAUCAUCACCUACAUCCUCCUUUGCGGUUUCCCACCGUUCAGAAGCGAGAACAACAUCCAGGAGGAGCUCUUCGAUCAGAUCCUCAGAGGGAAGCUGGAGUUCCCGUCUCCGGACUGGGACGCCAUCAGCCUCCCUGCAAAGAUGCUGAUUAGUCAAAUGCUGCAGGUGAAUGUGGACGCCCGCUUCACAGCAGACGAGGUUCUUUCGCACCCGUGGGUGUCGGACGACGCUCCCGUCGACUCCGGCAACGAAGAACCGAGCGCAACGGAAAAGGAAUCUCCGGGGCUAGAAACCAAGCAGGUUCCUUCCCCGCUGGUCUAGACAUCAGCUGGACCAGAUCUUCUCCUGGAGCAUUUUUUUUUUCUGGAGGUCAAUUUUGGAGGACCUAAUAUCCAUCUGUGACAAUCCCCCAAUCCCGUUCACGCAAUCAUAAUAGGCGUGUCCUCAACUCUUCUUACAAAAGAAAAAGGACGCACCAGUCCAGUGUGUCCAUCAGGACGAGUGGCCAGAUCAUUUCAAGUCUUUCUUCGUACCCAGAAUGUCUUCCACUUUUUCUGGGAAGAUGCAUCCCAUGCUACUUCUGUUGGUAUUUCCCAAUCUGAGGCCAGAAGCACUGUGCCUGUCUGCACUGAUCCACACAGGGUUUAAAAAAAAAAAAAUGGUUUCAGGCCCUGUUGGCGUACUACCUUGUUGAAAUUCUAAAUAUGUUGUACAUGUUAGCUGUCAUGUGAGUGUGAAUCUGUCGUGAAGUCGGGAAUUGUGACGACUUCGGGUGGGGGGGAGAAAAAAAAAUCUGGUGCUUUGGAACUAAUUAUUCCAUUCCUCCAUCAUUUUGUAUGUUGUUUGUGAAGGUGGAAUUUAAAGCAGGGGUGUCCAAACUAUGGCCCCUGGACCAUUUUUUGUAAUGAAGAGGAAGAAAUCCAGCUUUUAUUCUUUUUUUUUUUUUAAUAAAUGCAUAAUACAAUAGUGCCUCAUUUCAAUGGGGAAAAUGAUUUGAUACAUCUUGAAUUCAAGAUGAAGAAUGUCAAAAGCGGCAAACGGAAGGGAAAGUUUGGACACCCCUGAUUUAAGCAGGAAGAUUUCCAGCUGUCGACACGAUGCAGUGUUUGAACUUUUUGGCUAGAGCCAUUCUUAAGUAUUACAAGUUUUCUCUUUGCUUUACACCAAACCAAAAGGCGCCUUGAUGUGUCGACACUGUUAGCAUUAGCGACGCAAGGUGGGCUAGCAGCUAAAUUCUCCUCCUUACAAACAUGCUUUAAUUUAUGUUUACGUAUGUGCUAGUCGUCAUGCUUUAGUAGCCUUCAACCAAGUGCCGUAGAUUAGGACGUUUUCCAAAACGCUUUCCAUGACAAAGGUCCUUUUGAAUAGCAUUUGUGUGUUUUUGCCAACCAACACUGGCAACCUUAAAAAGACAUUUACUGUAGGAACGCUUUGCUAGCCCCAAAGCAUGUGAUGUGGUUUUUCAUCAAACUGGUGACGGUGCGUUCAAAGACUUUGAAAUGGAGGACGCAGAUGCAUUCAACUGUGAAAUAAAACUUUGAGAACGUCGAA